AUGGUGCGAUAUUUUAUGUGUAUCGACAGACUUUGCGGCCAUGAACGCCGACAUCUCAUCAUUCAUCUGCUUUGCGUCAGCGGCCUCAUUGUUGUCCUCAACAUCCUGCUUCUCCUUACAGAGUAUAAGCUGCACUUUAUUCAACAUCAAGUUGAAACUGGAAUUCACGCUGCUCUAUCAUCUUUGUUCACCGAUGCAUUCCGAUCCUCUGGCGUUCUCACAAGACCGAAGGCAACAUUGCUUGUCAACAAGUAA